CAAUGCAACCCUGGCCCCGUUUUCUGCUUGAUCGAUGACAACAUUGAUUUUCAUUCUGGCAUUCGUAUACUGACUCAAGUGAAAAUUUGCGAUUUUCUAAGUUUAAGUAAUAAUUCGGGAACAACAUGUCGCAAGAAGUCGAGGAAACUUUAAAACGUAUUCAGUCACAUAAGGGUGUCGUCGGUACAAUUGUUGUCAACAAUGAAGGUAUCCCAGUGAAAUCCACUUUGGACAACACGACAACAGUGCAAUAUGCUGGUCUUAUGAGUCAACUGUCUGACAAAGCACGCAGUGUUGUUCGUGAUUUGGACCCUUCCAAUGAUUUGACAUUCCUGCGCGUACGCUCCAAGAAACAUGAAAUUAUGGUUGCGCCUGAUAAAGAUUUCAUAUUAAUAGUCAUACAAAAUCCAACUGAUUAAGCUAUUCAAUAAUGGAUAAUAAUCUUGAACAAGCUAUUUAGAAGUAUUUAUGAUAACUGGUUGAAUGUCGGGAGCACAUUUUGCCUAAAAUUUUGAAUUCGCAUCGUAAAUAUUUACAAUAUAUAUAUCUUUUAAGAUCUGCUUGCAUAUUAUGUGAUUUAAUGUUAGUAUUAAUUUUGAUACAAACUUAAUACAGCACAAUGCAAAAAAAAA